AUGCCCAUUGCGCCAGCACCUCGCUCAGAAACUAGGGCGCUGGACACGCCCGACGCUACCCCCCUUACGGCACAGGCUGCAAAGCUUGUGGAACCACCGACGUCUGCAAGCGUCGGCGCUGCUGUGGAGGGGUCGGUGAAUGCUGUCGCCACGGCGUGUCUUGCGUCCGCGCCAUCCGUCGACGAAGCAACAUCGGAAGAGGAACAGCCGCCUAGUAGCGUAGCAGCCGCGUCUGCCGGAGACACCGCGCCGGCUACGCUAGAGACGCUUGCAAAGCCGAAGAGGUCAGCUAGUCGCCCACGCAAGGACUGGGAAGCAGCUAAACCAGCGCCAGUGGCCGUGGCGCCAGCAAAUCCUGACGCCGACUCGUUCCGCGGCAGCCUUGAUGAGGAGUCCUUCUUCUCCUCACUCCUUCACUCAGCUGACGACGGCUUCAGCACGGCAGAGCCGCGCGAGUCGACCCUCGUGUACAAUGCCCUCACCGGUCGCAUGACGAGCGAGACGUCGGUGACGAUGCAGUGCCUGCGCGAGCUCGGCUUUGGUGUCAACGACCAGCGCCAGGUGGUAAUGCAGAAUCCAGACGUGCUGAACGCGCUUGCCGAGCGAGUACGCGCCGAAACGGCGGCCCUGCCGACCAAGUGGCCCGUUACCCUUGCCCGCAUCAUUGGUGCGGUUAUCACGAACAAGAGCAUCAGCAACCCGGCAGAAGCCCUUCAGCAGAUGAUCCAGGUGAAGACGAACAGCGUCAUGCGCAGUCGCCACACCUCCGUCGUGUCCGCGGCAAGCAGCAACGUCAAUGACACAAUGGCUGAGACGGCAGGGCAGCAGGCCGACAUGAACGGCGGGCACGAUCCGGAUCAGGCGAUUGAGCUCAACGACGAGCAGAAGCGCGUCAUCGACAUUGCCCUGCGCGGGCACCACUUGUACAUCGGGGGCAGCGCUGGCACAGGCAAGACAGUGCUCCUGCGUGCUGUGGCACGUCGCCUGCAAGGCCACCGCCUCCGCGUCGCCACCACCGCCACCACGGGUGUAGCUGGGUGCCACAUUGGUGGCUCGACCUUCCAUCACGCCCUUGGCGUCACCUCUCGCGGCGAGUUCAUGCGACGCAGUACCAUUCUGGACUACGACGUCGUCAUCAUUGAUGAGGUGUCCAUGUUCCCGCAGAGCCUCUUUGAGGAGUUUGACCGCGUGCUACGCGAAGAGGCCGGCACGCCUGAUUUGCCGUUCGGUGGUGUGCAGAUCAUCCUGUGCGGUGACUUCCUCCAGCUCGGCUGCAUCAACGAAAACUCGCUCAUCGGCUCAUCACUUUUCCAGAAGAACUUCGUGAAAGUCCGCCUCGAGACGCAGGUGCGGCAGACCGCCAACUCCAAGUUCGCGAAUGACCUGCAGCUCAUGCGUCUGGGCAUCGUGCCAAGCGAUCUCAAGACGACAGUGCAGUUAUUGCCACCAGGUACCAUGGUCGACUCCGCUGUGAAUCUGCUGCCGACGAACAAGGAGGUGCACGCGGCCAACGAGCGGCAGCUGCAGGAGCUGCCAGGGGACCCGCUGACGCUCACACCAGAGACCGGCAUCACCUCCCUCCAGUGCGAAACGACAGCGACGCUGCUGCUACGCACGACGCCAGAUUUCAAUGAGUCUGAGUUUGCCCGCCACACCCGCUCUCUGCUGCAGGCCACUCUUGACCUGCCCCGCGCCUCCCUCCUCUCACUCUAUCGUGUGUACGAGGACGGUCACGUGAUGCGCGUGAUGCUGCCGCCCGGAGAGUCUGUCGCGUGGCGCGACGCGAUGCGGGAGCGAUUUCUCGAGAUUGCCAGUCUGCUGAACGACCUGGAGCUUGGCGCUACAGUGACGGAGAUUGUCCCGAACGGCGACGGCUUGCACACGCCGGAGACGGAAGAAUACCUGCAGAGGGUUAUGUCGAAGCACCCAAUUGUGCAGCCGCUGACCCUCAAGAAGGGCUGCCGUGUCCUCCUGCGCUCGAACCUCUCGAGCAACCUUGUCAACGGCAGCAUCGGCACCGUCGUGGACUUUGUGGAAUGCAAGGAGGAGUCCUUUCCCGAUUACAUCAAGACUGAGGCUGUAAAGCGCUGCAUCGACCGCUACCGCGUGUUCUGCUUCACCGAGUGCGGCAUGCCGAUACCAAUGGUGCCUGUUGUGCAGUUCUACAGCGGUGAGAAGAUCGCGGUGCCGCCGUGGGAGUUCUCUGUCGGCGGUGGCCCGAGCACACACUUCUACAGCCUCUCGAGUGUCGCCGUGCCGCUCUCCUUAGCCUACGCCUUCACAGUGCAUAAGGUGCAGGGGCUCACCCUGGUGGGUCGCGUGCACCUCGAGCUGUCCCGCAUGUGGCCAUGCGAGCACCUGCUGUACGUGGCCAUGAGUCGCGUGCGCAACCCGGAGCAGCUGUCCAUGUCGAGCUUCACUGCGAAUAUGGUGGUGGCGAACGAAGCAUGCGUGCACUUCGACAAGGCACUGCGUGGGGCACUGCAGCUCACAGUCGCUGACGUGGCCAAGUAUCCCAUCUCGGCGUGGAAGCGGUGCAACGACACCAUCUACCACCUUCGUCGCCGUGGCGCCUCGCUGCGUCGCUUGUUGGAGGGGGUGACAUCCAUGAGCGGCAACGUAUCGCCGCUGAUGGUGUCAGGGAGCAGCAACCUGCAGGCGCAUGACAGUCGUCUCCAGCGCACGGGGGAUAGCUUUGCUUCCCGCAGUAGAAGUGACAGUGAGGACGACCCUGAGGCGCUCUCCGCUCAUGCGAUGACGAACAUAAGCGACGGUAGUCGAGUAAUGGUGCGCGUAGGCAGGCACGGUAACGGCAGUGCUGACGUGGCGGACGAGGCUGGUAUCGACGACGAGGCUUGCAACCUAGAGCACCUUAAUGCAAUUCAGCAGUCGGUCCUCGUGGCGCGUCGCAUGCGCAAGCUGGUGCGACAUGUAGAGCGGGUGGCGAAGCUCGCCGACGCGCGUCGUCACACCAAGAACAACACGAAGGCUAGCAAAGGGCCAGCGUCUCCGGAAGGCUCUGCUCACGGGGCCUCGGCUGCAGCGGCGGUUAUGAACGGCAGCGGUGAUACGUCGGGUAGGCGAGACAGGGUGGAGGCGGAGGCGAUGGGUGGUGAUGGGUCCUGCGGCGUUCAGCGUGCAGCCAGCGUCAUGGCAGCCUCCGUAGCGGCCGCAGCAGCGGCGUCAUCCACCGUCUCGGUCGUCAUUGGCGAAGAACACACAUUUUAG